AAAGACGCUUGACUAUGACGUCAAAUCUCCGCGACUCGCCAAAUGUAAACGUGACUUGUAAAGUUGGUGCUUUCGCGGUUUUCUUUUUAUUUUUCUAAUAUUUUGAAGACACGAUAGAGUAAGACAUUUAUUUGCAUUCAUCAUGAGCUCGUCAAUGCCACAGAAGCGUUACUACAGACAGCGAGCCCAUUCUAACCCGAUGGCGCAUCACAGCUUUGAAUAUCCGGUGUGUCCUCAGGAAAUGGACUGGUCCAAACUGUAUCCAGACUUCACGACUAGCAACACGUCAGACAAACCAACCCCUCGAGUUGAAUUCGCAGACAUCGGAUGUGGAUAUGGAGGACUGUUGGUGGAAUUAUCUCCACUCUUCCCAGACAAACUCAUCCUGGGCAUGGAGAUCCGGGUGAAGGUGUCGGAUUAUGUGCAGGACAGGAUCCGGUCGCUGCGCGCCUCCAAUCCAGGAAGUUAUGAAAAUAUCGCUUGUCUUCGAAGCAAUGCAAUGAAGUACCUGCCCAACUUCUUUUUCAAAGGGCAGCUCAGUAAAAUGUUCUUCCUCUUCCCUGACCCUCACUUCAAGAAGACCAAGCAUAAAUGGAGGAUCAUCAGUCCCACUCUGUUAGCAGAAUACGCCUACACGCUGAGAGUCGGGGGUUUGGUGUACACCAUAACAGAUGUGGAGGAAGUCCACCUCUGGAUGGUGAAGCACUUCACGGAACAUCCGCUGUUUGCACGUGUCACGGAGGAAGAGCUGGUGGAUGACCUCAUCGUAAGUCGGUUGGGGACGUGCACCGAAGAAGGAAAGAAAGUUCAAAGAAACGGAGGAAAGAAUUUCCUGGCAGUUUUCCGGAGGAUUGAUGAUUCACCUUGAGGAGGAGCAGGAUUACCUCUGCCUGAGACUUUUUUUUAUUGUUAUUAACGAGCCUUCUAAAAUCACCAGAUGGACUUCUAUUUUAUAAAAGCUUCUUUUUUUUUGCAUUUGAGAAGUAAAUCCUCUCUCCUGAGUUGCUUUCUGAAGCCUUUCUAAGAUGCUGCUGUUAUAAAAGGAGGUUUCUGUGGUUCAUUUAGUAAAUCACUUCAAAGGAGUAAAGCAUCUGAGCUGAUAUGA